AUGGGCCAGCAGGAGGCAUCCCCAGGGCAGGAGCUGGGGGAUCGCUGCCCCAGCAGAUCAACUGGUGCCGGAGGGGAGUGCAGCCACUCUCUGGAGGCUCCCUGCAAUACGGAAGCUGAGUGCUCCUCCAGUGCAGCAAGAGUCACCCACUGCCUUUGUCUCUCUGACGCAGAGACCCCCAUGGACCAGUCAGAGAAGGACCUUGCCCCUGAGGAAAAGGCAGAGGAGGAUGAAGACCCAGACACAGAAGGAGAGGAAGAGGAGGAAGAGCUAGAGACAGAGGAGGAGAAGAAGCAGGAAGAGCAAAUCCUGAUCACUGAAAAAGAGGAGGAGAACAUGACCACAGAGGAGGAGGAAGUCCUGGACACAGAGGAGAAGGAGGAGGAGGAAAUAUCUAUAGAAAAGGACAAGGAGGAGGAUGAGAACCUGUCUGCAGAAGAGGAGGAAGAGAAGAAGGAGGAGGAAAACGUGUCUGCAGAAGAGGAAGAAGAGGAGAAGGAGGAAGAGAACGUGUCUGCAGGAGAGGAAGAAGAGGAGAAGGACGAAAAGAAUGUGUCUGCAGAAGAGGAAGAAGAGGAAGAAGAGAAGGAAGAGGAAGAGAAUGUGUCUGCACAAGAGGAAGAGGAGGAGAACGAAGAAGAGAAGGACCUGGCCAUGGAGCGGGAAGAGGAGCACCUGCCUGUGGAGGAAGAGAAAGAGAACCUGGCCACAGGAGUGGAACACCUGGCCACGGAGCAGGAGGAAGAGGAGAAGGACCUGUCUCCAGAGGAAAAAGAGGAGGACCUGGCCAUGGAGAAGGACCAGGCCACAGAGGAGGACAAGGAGGAUCUGGUUCAGGAGGAGGAGAAGGAAGUGGAUCUGGCAAUGGAGGAGGACAAGGAUGAGCAAAAGGACAUGGCCAGAGAGGAAGAUGAGAAGGAGGAGAACCUGGCUACGGAGAAGGAGCAGGAGGAAAAGGACCUGGCCAUAAAGGAGGACAAGGAGGAAAAGAAGGAGGAGAACCUGGCCACAGAGAAGGAGAGGGAGGACCUGGCCAGAGAGGAGGAAGUGGAGGAGGGGGAGGACCUGGCCAUGGAAAUGGAGCACGUGAUUAUGGAGAAGAAAGCAGAUGAGGAGAAGGAUGAGGAGGGCAAAGCCAAGUCCUCCUCCACCUCCAUGGCUAGUUCCCCCUUGCCCAGAUGCAUAAUCCAUUCCCACUGCCAGAUUCUUGCCCGCGGUGACAAUGAAGGAGCAGGAGAACUCCUUGGGGAGAACCCCCGGGCUGCACAGUCAGGUGUCACGGGGACGUCUCUGGGAGCCAUUGAUAGAGUGUUCUGUUGAGGCCAUUUUCCUUCUCUGACCCAGGGGUUCUCUGCUCCCAGAAUCUCAGCCAGGGAGGCCACCUUGCAGAAUAUGGCCCCGCAGUUUGGUUGUGGGCUGCAGGAGUCACCACAUUGGUGUGCAGGAGCCAUUGCACCUGCAUUGACUAGGGACCAAAACCUGCAGCCCUCACAGCCCAGGCUGCCCCCACGGAUGGCAAUGGGAGUGUAGCCUGGGUAACUAGCUGCUGGGCCAGGGCAUAUAGAGAGGACUCAGAGAUGAAGCAAACGAGUGGGCAGAGAAGUGAAGGAUGCAAGGGAAAGAGGAGAACGAGGACAUCAGAAGAGCUGCUG